AUGAGAGUGCUACUCACUUUCAUUCUUAUAUGUGGUACAUUUAUUAGCAGAAGUUUAGCACAUACUUCUUACAUUGUUGCUCUUCGAAGAAAUGAGACUUUUAAUAGCUUUAGGACGUUCGAUCUUACAUUCCCUUCUUCCCAACAAGUUACACCACUUAUUAUAAAAUCAUAUUCAUUUGGGAAGUUCAAUGCAUUCACAGGAAAUUUCACUAAAGAGACUGUUGAAAAUCUAAAGAGUAGUCCGCUAGUUUGGCUGAUUACUCCUGACAUUAUCCUAAGAUCUUUCCUGAUUCAAACUCAAGAAGAUGCCCCUAAACAUCUUGCAAGGUUAAGUCGAACUAAACGAAUGAGACCGGGGAAGUCAUAUCCGUAUCUAUAUGAUGAUCAAUUUACCGGUAAAAGGGUAAAUGCAUAUGUCAUUGAUUCUGGAGUGGAAAUUGGACAUCCUCAAUUCCAAGGUAGGGCUAGAACUGGUAAAGAUUUCUCCAAUGAAGGACCUGGUGAUCAAAGUGGCCAUGGAACUCAUAUUGCUGGAUUGAUUGGUUCCUAUACCUAUGGAUCAUCCAAAGGAGUGGAAAUGAUAGAUGUCAAAGCUAUAAAUAGUAAGGGAUUCACAACACUAUCAUCCAUCAUAGCAGCGCUAGAAUUUUCUGCUAACCACAGACUCAGGUCAAGAAGAAUGGGAGUUGCGAACUUGUCAAUGGGUGCAAAAAGGAAUGCAAUGAUAAAUAGAGCGGUUGAUGAGGCUUUCAAUACUGGGUUAGUUGUUGUUGCUGCAGCUGGAAAUUCAAAUAUCAAUGCUUGCUUGAAUAGUCCUGGAAGUUCUAAAAGUGCAAUAACAGUGAGUGCAAUAGAUGACUACAAUGAUGACAUUGCCAGCUUCUCAAAUUGGGGUGAAUGUGUUGAUUUACUUGCUAGUGGAACUUACGUUAAAAGCUUAGAUAGAAAGAAUAUUCACAAAGCUAAUGUUCUUUCCGGAACUUCUGUUUCAGCUGCAAUUGUUACCGGUUUGGUAUCUAAUUUACUUAGCCAGGGUGCCGGACCUAACGAAAUCAAAAAUAAAUUAAUUGAAAUGUCUACCAAGGAUAGAAUCCCGGAAUUGUCAUUAUUCCUAAAGCAAAAAACUCCCAACAGAAUAGCUCAUGGAAUAGGCUCAAUUCACGAGGAUACAAAAGAUGACUAUGAUGACUAUACACGAGUAUAG